UUUUAGAGAAAAAAUGGAUAGUAAAUGAAUGGGAUGCGAAAUCAGUAAGAAAAAAACAAAAGAAGGAAAGUUAUUCGAAGGGAUGAUUAAAGCAAUUUUGGUAUUCAACAAUCAUGGGAAGCCACGUUUGCUGAAAUUUUAUGUUCAUUAUCCUGAAGAAGAACAACAACACAUUGUACGUGAAACAUUCCAAUUGGUUUCAAAACGGGAUGAUAAUGUUUGCAAUUUCCUGGAAGGUGGCUCAUUAAUUGGUGGAUCUGAUUAUAAAUUGAUAUAUCGACAUUAUGCAACGCUAUAUUUCGUGUUUUGUGUUGAUUCAUCAGAAAGUGAACUUGGUAUCCUUGAUCUGAUACAGGUGUUUGUUGAGACACUGGAUCGAUGUUUCGAGAAUGUUUGUGAGCUGGAUCUGAUCUUUCAUAUUAAUAAAGUAUAUCACAUACUCGAUGAAUUAGUUAUGGGAGGAAUGGUGCUGGAAACAAAUAUGAAUGAAAUCCUUUUGCGAAUACAAGAGCAAGAGAAGAUGGAAAAAGAAGAAGCGGGUAUUGUAGCAGCUCCAGCUCGUGCUGUUAGUGCUGUGAAAAAUAUGAAUAUAUCACAACAUAUCAAGGAUUUUAAGCUCGCUGAUAUCAAUUUAUCAAAUAUAAAGAAGCCGUUCUGAUAAGUAUCUUAUGCCAUGUCGACAUUAUUUCUAGGGCUUUGUAUUUGUAUUGGUCUUGACUAGAACUUUCUAGAAUAACUACACUUUGAUAAAGAUUGGCCGUCAAUUACCUUAUAAUAAUAAAUUUUCUGUUCAAAUUUAUGUCCCAUCUUCUUGUACUUUUCCUUUCCUUUCUCGAAAUAGGGCUAUCAAACCGUCUGUUUGUUGCGCACAGCGUUUUCUUCGAAAGCAAGGGACAAAGGUUGAAUCUCG